UUGCAUGCACAAACAGCUGCUGUUCGCGGUUCGCGGAAAAAUCAAUAAUUGCAGUGUAUUUAGUAUCAGCACAGCUGGUGUGUGAUAAUAUAAAAUGUUACCCGCAUCGAUGGCAGUUUGGGGUUCGCUGAAGAUCAGCAGCGGAAAACAGGCGGCCUCCAAAGAAGAACCCAAACCGAUGCGGUUCUCUGAGUCCUUAAUCGCAGCACUGGGGAACCGCAAGUGCAAUUAUAAGGAAGUUUCAAAGGAUAUGAACGCCUACAUCAACAAGGAAGAAGAAAAAACAACGAUUGCAAUUCCCCCGUACAGUGUGAACCGAUUGAAAACCAUGAUGCAGAAGGUCAUCCGACAACAGUUUAUCAUCCGGAACGAGGACGGGGAUCUGCUCAAGUGGGUGUACAAUCCAGACAAAAACCUCGAAUUGUGUCAGAAAAUAGCAAAGACGAUAAAGGACAAAAUAAGGGCGUACAACUAUGAGCGGUACCGGAUUAUCAGCUUGUGUUCUAUUGUGGAGAAAGAUGGCCAAGGUGUGCAAUACAAGAUGAAGUAUAUUCUGGACCCAUACCUGGAUAACUAUGUGCAGUAUGUUCAUGACAUGGCCAAAUUUUGGAUCAUAAGUACUGUUAUAUUGGCAUACAAAGAUUGAAUACCACUUACGUUUGAGCACUCAAAGUAUAGAAUGAUAUCCACCGGGGCGAUGAGUUUCUCGAAAUCCACUCCCUGGGAUGGCUCACGAGGGUAUCUGGAAGUAGCGUCAAGCUAUGAGAAACUAAAAAAACUAGUUUAUGCACCUCACUCACCCAUCAAUCAGAAAACCAACGGUACUGCCCACAACCUUCGUCAUGGCAGCCUCAAGCAGCUUCAGCACGGUCUCGUUCGGCACCAGCAUACCCUUCUUCAUCAUUUCCUGCAGUUCCUUGCCCUUAUCCGAGCCAGAGGCAACCUCAUCGCGCAGCAGAUCGCCAGUGCUGAAGUGGGAAAAGUUGUACUUGGAGACGAUCUUUUCGCACUGCGUGCCUUUGCCACAACCUGGUCCGCCGAGAACCCAGAUAAUUGGCACGUUGGCGUCACGCAUCUGGAAUGAAAAAUGGCCUUACUAUCGCGUAAUUACCCCUCGAAAAUUCGAUACGAUGAUGUUAGCUUGCAAAUAUGAUCAGUUGAGUGUCAAAUAUCCGCUUAUGUCAUAGAAUAGCUAAUUCUUAUGCGAAAAUCACACUGAACAAAACAAAUUAGUGGAGCAAAGUUAGAAUUGUUGUUUUAGUGUUUUAAUUUUUUUUUCAAGA